AGGCAAGCAGCUUUGCAGAGAGGCUGGGCCUACCCCACGCAGACACCAACCACAGAGAGGCAUCCAACGCGGCCCGAACACCUCCACCCAGAAGAGCUGAGGCGGACCACCAACGACGCCACUCACCGACAGAAGAUCCGAACCCUGCCAACCGGGACUAACCAACGCCAGUCUGCAGACAGACACCGCACGCCCAGAACUUCACAACUCCGAUUUCCCGACAUGGACUGCAUUC